UGGUUAGCACGAAAUCUCCUCGCGCGCGUCACGGCGACGUUUAAAGCCCCUCGCGAGCGCGCUCUCGCCCUUCAUUCAUUCACAUGCCUCGCGAUGGUUCAGCAGUGACAAGCGGCAUGGCGGGGGACACCGUCAAUUACGGCUGCCGCGACUGUUCCGCGUCCAAUUCCACCGCGAGCUCCGCGCACCUGCGCCUCGACGAGGACGAUGAACUUCUGAAAUACAUUUGGAGUGAAUAUUUGCAUCCGAAACAGUAUGAAUGGGUCCUAAUAGUAGGAUACAUCAUUGUUUUCCUGUGCUCGCUGGUCGGAAACGCUUUGGUUUGUUUCGCAGUGUGGAGAAACCAUCAUAUGCACACAGUGACCAACUACUUCAUUGUGAACCUGUCCUUUGCUGAUAUCCUGGUCACCAUUACUUGCCUUCCCGCCAGUCUCGUAGUGGACAUCACAGAAACAUGGUUCUUUGGAGAUACGCUCUGUCGUAUUUUACCUUAUUUACAGACAAUCUCUGUGUCUGUAUCCGUGCUGACCCUCAGUUGCAUUGCCCAGGAUCGGUGGUAUGCUAUCUGCCACCCUCUGAAGUUCAAGAGCACUGCCAAACGAGCCCGCAGGAGCAUCAUCCUGAUCUGGUUGGUGUCUUGCGUGAUCAUGAUUCCCCAGGCUGUUGUUAUGGAGUGUACCAGCCUCCUGCCUGAUCUGCUGCCUGAGCUCACCAACAAGACGGUCCUCUUUACUGUGUGUGACGAACACUGGGGAGAUGAGAUCUACCCCAAGGUCUAUCACACCUGCUUCUUUAUUGUUACCUAUUUUGCCCCUUUGUGCCUGAUGGUCCUGGCGUACAUCCAGAUCUGUCAGAAACUCUGGUGUCAGCAGAUUCCAGGGAGUUCGUCAGUGGUGCAGAGAAAGUGGAAAUCCCUGCAGUGUUCAGCUCAGGCUGCGGGACCUGGUGAGUCAGUCAAGAUCAGGACCAGCGCGGUUUCGGCUGAGAUCAAGCAAAUGAAAUCUCGACGGAAAACGGCACGCAUGCUGAUGGUGGUGCUCUUCGUCUUUGCCAUCUGUUAUCUGCCCAUCAGCAUACUUAAUAUCAUGAAAAGAGUGUUUGGUGCUUUCAAGAACACAAACAACAGAGAGACGGUGUACGCCUGGUUCACCUUUUCCCACUGGCUUAUAUACGCCAACAGUGCAGCCAAUCCCAUCAUCUACAAUUUUCUCAGCGGUAAAUUUCGUGAGGAGUUCAAAGCAGCUUUUACCUGCCACUGUACAGGGCGAAGGGAAAAGAAGGAGAGGGUGAGGACCAAGAUGAGCACAGACAGUCACAAAUCCCUGUCCACGCAAGUGAGUCAUUUCGAUAACGUCUCACGGAUCUCGGAUCAGGUCAUGUAGGACGGAUCUGCGAGGGUUCGUCUUCACAGCAUGACACUUCAUUACUGGUUUAUACCACAAAGCAAAUACUGGAAGAUCUGAAAGGCUCAGACUUACUCGAUUGAUAUGCACCGAAGGCAUCGACGGAGGUGUAUUUGCUUCAGAGUAUCACCCACACAGAUGGAAAAUGACAUUCCGCCUCAAAUAAGAGCACAAGAAAUCACUGAAAAUUACAUUUCCUUUUUCUUCCGAAGGAUUAUUUAUCUCCAUCAUUACAAUGCCUUUCAUACAGAAAGAACAGGGCAAUCUGGUGAUGGAGUCAUACUUUGUGUCAUUUUGUAAUAUUUGUGUUAUAUCUCAUGAUGAGAUUUGCUAAAAGAAAAAUGCAAUACUGUAUAUUUGUCAUUGUACAGUACUACGUGCUGUAUAGCUCCUGAGUGGCAUGACUGUACUGUGGACAAAUUUGCAAAAAAAAAAAAAAAAGGACCACAAAACAGUCUGAUCAGCAAUUUAAAAUCGUUUAUAUCCUCAAGAGUGUUUUCCAAUCCACAAAUAAAUCGUCACAUUAAUGAAUAAAAUAAUGUCAACACUCAUUUUGUUCCAGUGAGAUAGAUUGCUCUCUGCAUUGUGUGCAUUUCUUGCAUUUCAGAUUGCGCUAGGGUGGUUUUUGCACAAGCUUGUAUUAUUCAUUUGUCACCCUGUCUCGCUGGCUUGUCAUGCCAAGAGAUAUUUGCACCAGAUAAUAGCUAUUUGCCAAGGCACAUGUAGGGAUCAGAGGGCAAUCAGAGAAAGGCUAGUGGCAGAUUUGAGCGUCUUUGUUCUGCUUUGGUUGGCCUCUUAAAUAUGAACGCUUUUAAAAGGCAGGGCAUAGAAUUGCUUUUGUAAUAGUGCUUUGUUGUUUGACCUUUUUUCAUGUACUUGUUGAGUUCUCGCUGCUAACUUUAAUGUCAACGCACUCCUGCGGAACACCAACAGCAAACAAAAAUGUAUGAAGAUACUUUAUGUUGUCAUUGCUGCUUCUUUCUUUAGCUACGGUAUUUUAAAUGUUUGAAUUUAAUUGGUAGUGUUUUGUUUUGAUUGCUUAUGGUGGAAAAUAAAUUGUUAAUAUUGUCAUCAGUGUAUAAUCUAUAUUUGUUUAUAUAGUUUAUUAUAUUUCAAAGGUGAAAUUAUAUCACGUAACGAUGCAAAAAUAAUUUUCGUUCUACUUGUUGUAUCUGAUGUAUCUGCAAACUGCAUUUUUCUUUAUUCUGCCCUUGUAUAAAGUACAGAUUUUAUAUCAGAUAUCAUUGGUUGCAAUGUUGUUUGACUAAAAGGUCUUUUCAAUAUGUUCCUCUAAAUACUAAUAAAUUAGUUUAACGAUAAAAUAUAUGGUGUGUGAUUUCUGAUGUAAUGAAGAGAGGGCAUAUUUGGGCUGACUUUUUGUACAGCAUACUGAAUAGUAAGACUAAUCAUAAAUCACCAGUUUGGGGGCAAAUUUUAGGGAGCAACUAAUUUUCUAACUAACUUUGAA